AUGUCGAAAUUAACACUUAGGCAAUUUUUGUUAUUAAUUUUGGUUCUUUCACAGAGUUUGUUGGCUUCUUAUACUCCAUAUAAUAAAUUCAAUCAGAACUUUGUUACCAUCCUUAUAUAUGGUGAUGGAAAUAAAGAAGAUUUAGAAAGGAACUUAAACUUUACAAACAAUUAGUAUUUCCCUUACUUUGAAGUGAUUGCUGCAGUUAAAAGCAAAGAAUUGAUUGACAAGGUCAAUCCUUAAUUCAAGGUUUAAAAUAAUAUCAAGUUUAUUCAAACAGAAUAUUUUAAUGACUUCGCUAAAAUUCUGUAAAACUACCUUCAUCUUGUAAAUGGUGAGUACAUUUCAUUGGUACAUGCUAAAACUAUUAGUAAAAAUGAAAGAAUAAGAGAAUAAAUAAUAGAAACUAAAACUUAUAAAUGUAAUGUAAUGGUAUCAGAGAUAAAUAUAUUGAAUCACAAAGGAGAGAUAUUAGAGAAUGCUUACCUGAUUGAUCAAGAUUAUUAAAGAGAUUUAGAUGUCAUUCUAUUUUCUAUGGAUUUCAGACUUGAAGCUUCUAUCUUCAUGAGAAAAGUAUUCUUCACAAAUAUACUUAACUAGACCAAUGAAAAUAUCGAUAGGUAUUUUUUUACUAACUAGAUAGUAAAAUUAGAAGAGGUCAAUUUUAGUAUGGAGAGUUUUGUCUAGAUAACUCUUGAAAACUAUCACCAUAUAUUUAUGGAUGAGUCAGUCAUUUAAGCAGAGGAAGACACGAUUAAGUUUAAGCAUUAUGACAAUUAUUUGAAUAGCAAAAAUAUUAGUCUCACUGCUCCUCAAUUUUUUUCGUUGCUAAACUGUUCAUAUGACUUUCUAGCUUGUGACGAAAGCAAUCUAGAAGUUGUCAGAUAUCUAAUGAUUGACCUUUACAUGACAUUUGAAAAGUUAUUCAAGUACUAAAUGCUCGAGCUCUAUAGUCAAAUUGAAUUCAUCCAUAAUCAUUUAUGGAAAUAAGGGUAGGCAAGGAAAUAUCCUAGGGAAUAUCCUCUUGCUUCAGUUGUUAUGUCUAGCCACAACAGAGAUUAUUUUCUAAUAAAGUCUAUUUCUUAUGUGCUUGAGUAGAGUUAUGUUAAUUGGGAGCUAGUUAUAUCAGAUAAUAAUUCAAGCAAUCCAAAUACGCACAAAAUUCUUCAAUUACUUGAUGGGCACCCAAGGAUAAGAGUAUUCUAUUUAUAUACAGAUCAAAAUGAAGCUUUUUCAUUCAAUUAUGCCAUAUCAUAUGCAGAGGGAGAAUAUAUUGCAAUAUAAGAUGAUGAUGACAUUAUGAUGCCCUUCAGAUUAGAAUACUAGAUUGAUUUUCUAAAAAGAAAUCCAAUUUAUGAGAUAUGUGGAUCAGCCUAUAAACCCAUUUCAGAAAUUGGAAGGCCUAAGUAUUUUGCAUAAAAUUAUGUGAAUAACUUCGCUGAAGCCAAGGCUUUCUUCUUGAUUCUUAAUCACGUCUCCCACAGCACAGUAACAGUGAGAAUGACUGACAGAAUGAAAAAGUAUUUUAGUUACAGCUAAUAGGCUGCAUAUGAUUACUCAUUAUGGAUUAAGCUUUUGUUUGAGCUUGAAAAUGAGAAUAUAAGAUUCUUUGUAUUGCCUAAGCAUGUAACUGGAAUUAGAGUACACUCCAAUAAAAUUUCAAACUAAAAGUCAGAGACAUCAUCUUACAAGAAGCAAAUUACUCUCAAGUAAAUAGAGAUCUUAGAAAGGAUUUAUCCAGAAAUAUUUGAAGACAUUAAUUUUCAAUGCUUUUUGAAAAUUUUCCUGCAAUUAAAGUUUUAAUACGACACUAUUCAAACCUGCGAAGAUCUUGACUUUGAGCAAUUUAGCAAAGAAUUUAAUGAUCGUCUAAGACACUUGCCAUUUUGGACUUAAUAAGAUAUCAAAGAUCUAGACCUUUUCUAUAAGUACUUCAAUGAUUAGUACAUAGAGAAAUUAAAUUAGAAAAAGUUAAUAAUCAUGCAAUAAAAAUUGACUUUUGACUGUGUCUUGCAUUAAGGGGAUAUCAAGUCAUUAAUACUUCACAUUGAGCAAUUAAAGGACUCUGUAGAUUACUUUAUUAUUCUUUAUUCAUUAAGUCCUGGAGAUAACAUAUCUAACAGUUAUCUAUACUCAAAUAAGGUUCUCCUAGAAAAUCAGUCAAAAUUGAUGUUUCACUUCCUUAACAGCUCAAUUAUAUAAGAUUAAUAAAAAUUGCAAUACAAACUAAAUGAAAUUUUUGAUGAUCUUAUUAAUGAGAAGAUACUAUUUAGUAAUGAUUAUAUCAUGUUUUCUAAUUCCUCUGAAAUAAUUAAUCCUUCCUAGCUAAGGAGAUUCCAGCAGCUUGGUUUAGAUAUGGGAAUAUUUGCCUUAAGACAACUCUCAACUCUUUAUUAGCAAAAUGGUUAAUCUUAUAAAUUGAUUUCAAUCUUGAUAUAUGAAUUACUAGAGAAACUAGGAAUAUAAUAUUUGGAUGACUAUUCUAUCUAACUGGAUUUUGAGGAUAAAUUGGAUAUUAUAGAAAUCAGCAAAAAUAGAUAUGCUAGUAUAUACCAUUUGAAAGAUGCUGGUCUCUAUAUAGAUGAUUGUAGAAAUUAUAAAAAUGAAUUAGCCCUGUAGGGAAAAAUCAGAUUAAAUUUGGAAUUGCUAUCAAAUGCUGAUAAACGAUAUUUUGAUUACUUCCAUAACUAGAUCAAGGUGACCCUUAAAGCUUAUUGUGAUGAAAGAAACAAAGGGUUAUUUGCUAAUUAGAAAAGUGAGUUGUGA